CGGGUGUUACAUUCAGGUGCGCUUCACCCUCAGAGGUGAAAACUCCUGAAGUCGGUAAAAUGGAUUAUAUCCGACUAACGGGUGUGUAAAAUAUGUAGAAGCACCGGUGCAGCGUUGGAGAAUAGGCCGAUUAAAGUGAAAGUAAAGACUUAACGGUUUCUAAUGACUUUCACCUUUCUCACACCCUCCUCAUUCUCCCCAUGUUGUCAAUUUUUCGGUUUCAAAUGCCACUUUUUUCAUCCCGUCUUCCCCCUCUAUGGCUCCUAGGUUGGAGCUCCUAAUCUUUCUGUCCAUGAACUAACCAAUCCCUCACACCACUCACUACUUCUUCUUCUUUCUUCGUUCUCUUCAGCUAUCCCCUGUCUUCCUCUCCUCUCCUGUCAUGUCCAUGAGGAACCCACCCCAGCGCCGGCGCUCUCUGGGUCCUGUCUCGCCCAAACGCAUCUACAGAAACCUGUCUGUCAGACUGAGGGGAGGAGAUUCAUCUGUUGCUUCGGAAACGGACGCACCCAAACACCUCAGCAAGUCUGCAGAUGCUUACAAGACCCUGUGGGAAGCAGUGGAAAAUGAGGACACUUUGGCCGUGCAAAGCCUGCUGUCCAGAGACCAUACCAACUGUGGAGGAGGAGGAGGAGGAGGAGGAAGCAUGUGGGAGCGAGGGGAGAAGAAGGAGAAAGACUGGGAGCGAGAAAGGGAGAAGGGGGUGAACAGGGUGAGCGAGCAGGGCCUGGUCCCCCUGGACGUGGCUGCCCUUACCCACAAUUCCCCCCUGCUCCAUGUGUUGACAAAGGCGGGAGCACGACAUAACCCUGUUUUGUGCCGACCUGCAGAGUGGGCGCUGAAGCUGGAUGCUCUGGUGGCACUGGCGAGCAAACGGGUGGAGGAGAGGAAGAAGGAGUUAUUGAGGAAGGCAGGGGCAGGACCUCAGGCGCAGGCUGAUGUCCAGAGACACAUCCGCCUCUGGAGCCUCAGGCUGCAACUGUACUGCCGGAUGAGACAGAACUUCCAAAAGACAGAGCUGCCUGGACCUCCCAGUCAUGUGUCCAUACUGGUGACCAGCACAUCCUCUCUGUUUGUGGCGAUUAAGGAGCCAGAGGGCAACACCAUGGGGCUCAUUACCCGCUACAGAGUGGAAUGGAGCACCUCAGCCAGCUUCAAACGCAUCCUUGGCUCAGCCCAAGUCACAGAGACCAAGAACCCAUCCUAUGUUAUCAAGGGGCUCACAGCAGGAGCGCAUUACUUUGUAAGAGUGAGUGCCUACAAUGUGAAAGGAUGGGGCCCGCCUCAGUGCUCCACGCCAGUCAGCGCUGCCCCCUCCAGUUGGAGAGAGUGCAGCGGAGUGAAGUCACAGUUCAGGAAUCACGAGGGCCUUGUGAGGAAACUGCUGGAAGACGCCAGAGAACCACAUUACAGAGGAUUCUGUAUAGAGAGCUCUAAGCCCCAGAGUCCCAGCAAGCGUCUGUCUGUGUCCCGAGGCAUCAAACAACUGUUCCAGUCCGCUACCAAGUUUGUUCGUCUCCUACAGAGGGGCGUGUACUUGGCAACUGUGUUCUACCACAAGGAAAAUAUCCUGGUGACAGCUGAAGAUCAAAUCCCACUGGUGGAGAUCCAGUGCUGCUCCACCUCCAUCACCCACGACUUUCUUUGGUUUGCCAAGUUGUCCUGUGCAUGGCAACAAGUGCCCUGGCUCCAGCAGGCCCUGUCCUCGGCUCAUUCAUCUCCGUCGUCUCUCCUCCAGAACAGGCACAACAUUUUAAGAGCCGUCUCCCAGCUGCAGUCUUCCCUGGGAACAGUGGACCUGGGCCAGGUGUACUAUGAACCUCUGAAAGACAGGCAGGGCAAUGUCUUGCUGGUGACUUUGAAGGAGUUCCCAAACCCUCCCAGCCCCCCUGACCCUCCGCUUCACUGGAUGCCCCUGGCCCGCCUUGAAAAGAACCGCAGCAGAACGCCUUUGCUGCCCGAGCCCACUGCCAUGGACAUGCUCUAUGAGCAGCUCAAGGAGAAACUAUCUCUCCACAGGCACAGCAUUCAGUGGGCCCAGCCUGGUCUGUACGUGGGCAUCCUGAAACUGUGCAGCUCAGUGGAACAGAUCAGAGUCCUGGUGCCCCAGAGGCUGCCCAAUCUGCUCUGCCACACACGGGUCCGACACAACGCCCACGUGACCAGAGAGGAGUGGGCAUGGCUUCAAAGUCAUGUUUACACUGCAGCCAAUGACAGCGUUCCGAACCUGUUAAGCAGCGAGGACGAGAGCGUGAUGGAGAGCAGCGGGCUGGUGGAGUUCGUCAGGUCUCUGAGAGCAGCGGUCACACAUCUCCUGACGAAGCUCAACAUCCCCCUCUACAGGGCGUAUCAGUAUGGUGUGUACACCCGGGAGCUGCUGCAGUUUGGAGACAAGGUGUCCAUGGUGCUGCUGCUGCCUCCCAGUGAGGACUUCAGCUCCAGCUACUGGCCUCUGGUGGGGACCAAGGAGCCUGGGCUCACCAUGCCCCUGCAGAUCUUUGAGCUGGUUCACUUCUGGACGUAUGAACGGGACUUCCUGUCCCAGUACUGCCAGGCCUGGGUGAGGCUGGAGCUGGACACUCAUCUGGCCCAGCAGGCUCUGCGGGAGGCUCUGGACACCAAGGAGGUGCAGGAGGCCCGAGAGCGCCUGAACCACAUCACAGAGCUUUCCCGGCGUCUGGAUGUGGUGUGGAGGGAUGCCCGCUGGAUCAUGGACUGUCUGCAGUGCGUUCGGUCCAAGCAGUGGGUUGGGGCUGUGCCUCUAGGCCUGGUGAUGGGAGGAGACCCGCCGCCACGUCCCGAUGGCGAGGAGGAGGAGAGUAGUUUGACCGCCAGACUGACGUGGCCCCAUCGGAUACAGGCACAGAGAGCCAUUGCAGAGUGUUUAGUCACCGCAAAUCCACCAGAUGUCAUCUCUGCCGAGAUCACUGCUCCGUCAGGAAUCAUGGCUGUCCCUGAGGAGGCCACACUGUUAUUGGAGGGUGUCGCGAAGGGAGGAUACCCUGUAGACAUUACCGCCCAAUCAACUCUUGACUUGACAAGCCUUGGCCAGUCAGAAUUAGGAUGUGCAAGCGCUUUAAUCGAAGCUGGAUUGGAGCCCGGUGCUGUCGCACAGCUUGAAGGAGGGUACACAGGUUUGGACACACAGGAGUCCUACAGCAGUGAACAGGACUUUCCUUCCAGCAUCACUGAGGUAAUCCGGCCGAUGGAGAUGGCAGAGUUGGUGGACAUCUUGCCCACGCUGAGUCUUAUCAAGGAGGAGACCCCCAGUGGCCCGUCCACACCAUCAGUAAUGGAUAUGCUGGAGAGCUUCGGACUGGGGAUUGGUGAAAGCAACACCUUCUUUGAUUUAGAGCAUUCAAACUUGAUCAACGGAGCAGAGUCUCUGUCACAGCCCAACCUGCACUAUAGCAGCAGCAGCAGCAGUGUGAGGGAGACACAGUGUGAAAUUACAGACACGUCAGCCUCUCAUGCAGCGUUGAAUGCCACAGCUGGUGACGUGCCCGUUAACAGCUGGGAUUUUCCUCCAGAGAUUACAGAGACUCCGCAGGUUCCUGUCAAGGGAGCGUGUCUUCCACUGAGAAACCAGGUGGAGUGGGACAAACCAGCUAACAGUUCAUCCUGAUAUCGACUCAAACGCCAGCCUACUUUUGAACUUGUAUCACUUUAAAACCAAAUUAUGGGGUUUCAGCACAGACAGAAAAUCCUAGUUAGACUUUUUGGGUUUGGAAAUGGCUAUUUUUUCAGUGUCAAACUGCCCAACAUUAAUAUAUUAAUGUUAAUAUUAAUAUUAAAGUAGUACUUCACCCCCCCCAAUUACCAUUUGUAUAUCAACUACUCACCCUGUGUUAACUUGAAUUCAUGACGAAACCUUUAUUUUUCCUCACGCCCCCAGUGAACGAAGAAUCCAAAAACGGAGAAAAUUCUUGGUGAUUUGGAGGAAAAGUCCAUGUUUAACAGCAAAACUUUAUCAAAAAUUCUGUUUGAAAACUGUCAUUUAUCCAUUCAAUAAAUGUACUUCCUAGUCAGAUGCAUUUUGCUUAAACCUUAAUGUUUAAAACUAAACAGAAAGUAAAACAUAUCUAUGCCCCUUCAAGGCCAGAGUCUAUUGACAAAGGAACACUUGAGUCAAAUAAAUCUUUAUUUCCAUUUGCAGAAUUAUAUUUGGCGGUAUGACUCUGUUCUGAGGCUUCUCUGCCUGUCCUUUGGCCUACACAGAAAGCCUUUUACACACACAUAUUUGGAAAGCUUAAGGUGGAAAUUGCACACCUCUCCACCCUUCUGCAUGCCUACAUGGAAAGCCUAAGGCAGAGAGAGCACACCUGUCU